AUGUAUGCAGCUUUAACAAUGAUUUAUUUUAAUCGUUCUGCAUAUCAAGCAGCGCUAGUAUCGUAAUAAGUGCUGAAUAAUAUUGUUUCAUGUGAGUAAAGCUUGGAAAUUGAAUUAUUUAAAUUUAAUUUAGCCAUUAUCGUAAAGUCAGUUUAAAAAAUUUCCAUUUGAACCAUUAUUUGAAAAAGGUGUUCACAAGGAUACAAUUUUAAUAUUGCCACAACUCCUAUGAGAUCUUAAUAGCAUCAGUGUGUGAUGAUAAGAAUAUAAAAUUUUGGAAUUAUUCUAAUGAUUUUAAAGAAAUGUUCUCACAUCAAUUCCACGAAACUGCAUUACGAAUGGCUAUUCAUCCAUUAAGUUAUUAAUGCGCAAUUGAAUUUAAGGAUGGGUAAUUAAAUAAAUAUUCAUUAUAUAUAGGCUUCGAUUCUAUUUUAUCCUAGAUGAUGAUCUUACAUUAGUCCAUAAUGAGGCUACUAAAGUUUGUAAUGCACUUACAUAUAGUGAAGGAGGUCAAAUUUUAGCAGCUGUUAAUGGUAAUCAAAUUUAUUUGUAUAACCCAUUAACAUAUAAAAUGAUUAAUGUCUUGCCUAAUCACUAAACAAAUCUAAAGGAUCUAUUAUUUAUUGAUAAAGUAUUAAAAUUAAUUAAAUAUAUUUCAGGACAAUCUGUUAAUUUCAUAAGAAAUUUACUUUCUGGAGAAAGAAUCUUAGAACAUGCCUAAAAGCAAAACAAGUAUCAAAGUUUAUGUUAUGACUUUGAAUACGAUCUUGUUAUUGGUGUUUCAUAAUAGAAAUUAAAGGUUUAUCAUUAGAAGGGUUAGAACAUGGUCUUAGAAGUUGAUACAUCUUUAGUUAUCUAAUAAGUUCAUCUAUUGAUGGUAGUAUCUUUUUUAGUAAAAUCAAAUAGUUCAUUAAUCGAGAAGAAGUAAUAAUAAUAUCUAAUUAAAACUAGAUUACAUAAUUGGAUCUGA